AUGUCUGAAGUAACAUCUUUAAAAGCAAAGUAUGCUGCAGCUGGUCAAGAACACCUUUUUACUUUCUACGACGAACUAGGCCCAGAAGAACAGACUUCACUUUUAAAUCAGCUUUCUAAACUCGAUAUUGAACGCGUCAACCGAAUCUUCAAGAAAUCAACUUCGUGUUUAGACAUUGUUUCUGAUGCUGAACAGCAAAAAUUGGAACCUUUACCCGAUGAUGUAUUUGAUUCUACUUUAGAUGGUGAUGAUGCAAAAAUAAGAGAUUGGUCUAAUUUGGGUUUGGAUUUGAUUGCUCAAAAUAAAGUUGCAGUAAUUUUGAUGGCUGGAGGUCAAGGAACAAGACUUGGUUCUUCAGCUCCAAAGGGUUGUUAUGAUAUAGGCUUACCAUCUCAUAAGUCUUUAUUUCAGCUUCAAGCAGAGCGUAUUCUGAGAUUACAAAAUAAUGCUCAGGAAAAAUCUGGUAAAACUGAAGUCAUUAUUCCGUGGUACGUGAUGACUAGUGGUCCUACUAGAGCUACCACUGAAGCAUAUUUCAAAAAACAUCAUUACUUUGGAUUAAAAGAUGAGAAUGUUAUCUUCUUUGAACAAGGUACACUUCCCGCAUUGACUAACGACGGCAAGAUCUUUUUGGAAUCUAAAUCUGCGCUUGCCAUCGCUCCUGAUGGUAAUGGAGGAAUUUAUGCAGCCUUAAGAAACGAAAAGAUUCUUGAUUCGUUAAAAUCGCGCAAGAUUUCUUAUGUACAUGCAUAUUGUGUUGAUAAUUGCCUUGUACGUGUUGCGGAUCCUGUAUUCAUUGGUUACUGCGUUUCUAAGAACGCGGAUUGUGGUGCAAAAGUAGUACGUAAGGCUUCACCAGAUGAACCUGUUGGUGUUAUUGCACUUCGUAAUGGCAAAUUAAGUGUGGUAGAGUAUAGCGAAAUUGAUCCAUCCAUUGCAGCGAAAACAAAACCCAAUGGUCAACUUGCCUUAGGUGCUGGAAACAUAGCCAAUCAUUUCUAUACAGUUGAUUUCCUCGAUCGCGUAGAAACCUUUGAAAAUGAACUCGAGUAUCAUAUAGCUAGAAAGAAAAUUAAACAUACUGAUUAUACAUCAGGUGAAUUCAUUUCGCCUUCAAAACCAAAUGGAAUGAAACUCGAAUUAUUUGUCUUUGACGUUUUUCCUUUCACUGAACGUAUGGCCGUUUUAGAGGUUGAUAGAAAAGAUGAAUUUUCCCCUCUUAAAAAUGCACCAGGAACUGGAGUAGAUGAUCCGGAUACUAGUAAAAAAGAUAUUAUAAAUCAACAUGUUAAGUUCGUUGAAAAGGCUGGUGGUAAGGUUGUACCCGGUGACGGGGACCAGCUUAUUUUUGAGAUUUCACCCUUGAUCUCAUAUGCCGGUGAAGGAUUGGAGAGAUUGAAUGGAAAAACAAUUAAAACACCUGCCGUUAUUGAAACCUUAGCGGAUUUAAACAAAUUUGAAUAA